AAUCAUCCUGUCUGAUGAGGGCAAGAUGUACGGACGGAAUGAGCUGAUAGCACGAUACAUCAAGCUCCGAACGGGGAAGACGCGAACAAGAAAGCAGGUGUCCAGUCACAUCCAGGUGCUUGCACGGCGGAAGGCCAGGGAGAUUCAGGACCAGGCUGCCAAAGACAAGGCCCUACAGAGUAUGGCCACCAUGUCCUCUGCCCAGAUCAUCUCCGCCACUGCAUUUCAGAAUAAAAUGGCACUACAGGGGCUUUCACGGCCUGCUUACCCAUCCGCCGGUGGUUUUUGGCAUGGCGCUCUUCCAGGACAGCCUGCUGGUCCGGAAGACAUCAAGCCCUUUUCUCAACAGAACUACGCCAUGCAAGCAACAGGUCCUCCUCCAAUCACAGGCUAUGAGAGCACGUCAGGUCUGUCCAUGUCCCCCAGCGCACACCCUUGGCAGGGCCGCAGUAUUGCCAGCUCCAAACUUCGCAUGCUGGAGUUCUCUGCAUUCCUGGAGCAGCCACAGGAUCCAGAUAAUUUCAACAAACACCUAUUUGUCCACAUUGGUCAAUCAAACCCCACAUUCAGUGACCCGUACUUGGAGGCUGUGGACAUUCGACAGAUUUAUGACAAGUUCCCAGAGAAGAAAGGUGGGCUGAAGGAGUUAUUUGAGAAGGGACCAGCCAACGCCUUCUUCCUUGUCAAGUUCUGGGCGGACUUGAGUAUUAACCUCCAGGAUGACAGCAGCUUUUUCUAUGGUGUGUCUAGCCAAUAUGAAAGCUCAGACAACAUGAUCAUCACCUCCUCCACCAAGGUCUGCUCCUUUGGCAAGCAGGUGGUAGAGAAAGUGGAGACGGAGUAUGCGCGGUUUGAAAACGGCCGCUAUGUGUUCAGGAUUCAUCGCUCUCCUCUCUGCGAGUAUAUGAUUAACUUCAUCCACAAGCUCAAACACCUGCCUGAAAAAUACAUGAUGAACAGCGUGCUGGAGAAUUUCACCAUUUUACAGGUGGUGACGAAUAGGGACACACUGGAGACCUUGCUCUGCAUUGCUUAUGUGUUUGAAGUGUCCACGAGUGAGCACGGCGCCCAACAUCACAUUUAUCGGCUGGUCAAAGACUGA